AUGGCAUCUCUAUCGAGCGCAGCACCACCCACGACCAGAGCCAUAGGAUGGAUCGGCUUGGGGAGCAUGGGCUCGGGAAUGGCCUCGAGGAUUCAGCAGCAUCUUGCUGACCAAGGAGUGCAGCCUCUCAAGGUCUACAAUAGGACAAGUUCACGAUGUGAGCCCUUGGAAAAGCUUGGAGCUCUUAGGAUUUUGUCCAUUGAACAGCUGUCUCGGGAGAGCACGAUUAUAUUUAUUUCCUCGAGCGAUGAUGAUGCCGUGAUAUCAAUUAUCGAACAAAUUCUCGGCUCAGGCAAUGCACAAGGCAAAAUGGUCAUUGAUACCACGACUGUUCACCCCGACACGGCCAAGGCCGUAGCCGAAAAGAUGAGCGCGUCGGGAGCCCAUUUUGCAUCAAUGCCCGUCUUUGGGGCAUCUCCCGCAGCUGCGGCAGGUACGCUCUUGGCUGCGUACGCCGGGCCAGACAAUGUCCUCGAGGCCGUGUCGCCGCUACUCAAAGGCGUCGUGGCACGGGAGGUCCUGGUCGUGGGAACGGAGCCGGAAAAGGCGUUACUGCUCAAGACGACGGGAAACCUCCUAAUGGCCUCCCUGAUGCAAAUCAUUGCCGAAGCCCACGUCCUGGCAUCCAAGACUGGCCUCCCGGCCGCCACGCUCGAGCGCUUGCUCGAGCUCAACUUUGGCGCCGUGGCCCAUACGGACUCGGUUCGCAUGACUUCGGGCGUCUACUGUCCGGCUCCGGGCGCCGCGCCCUGGUCGAGCCUGGAUCUGGCCCUCAAGGAUGUGGGCCACGCCAUGGGGAUCGCGGAGCGCGAGGGCGUGAGCGCCCGUGCCGGCCGUGUCGCGUACGAGGGCUUGGAAAAGGCCCGGGACUGGGCGCAGGGUGAGGGAAGGAUUAUUAAAGACCAUGGCCAUACAACAAGCCCGGGCCGAGCGCGGCCUCUUGACUCGACCAGUCUGUUUGGCGUGGUGAGGCAGGAGAGUGGCCUCGAUUUCGAGACUGACUUUGUCAAGGAACGAGACGGGACUACAAGACGGUCAUUGCCAUAG